AUGUCCCGGCGGGUCAGGACGUCGUCAGGCUUCGAGAUAGCACCACCAAGCCGCAAUCGCGCAUGUUCAGACUUGGAGAAGGAAGCAUUGGGGCUAUCAGACCCCGCAGAGGACGAAUAUGACGAGGAAGAUUCGCCAUCGUCCUACUCCUCCCGCGCCACAUCAUCCUCCUACCAGCCAAUGCUUGGCAAUGCUUACUCGCAAAGGGCCAUUGGACGUCUCCCCUUCAGAACCGGUCAGGCGGUGAUGAGAUGGCUGUGCUGGGCGGUCGCGGCAACCAUCUUAGUUUUCAUCUUCUCACUUGCACAUUUGAGCUGGAGUUCGGGAAAGAGAGUACAGAUCGAGAUAGGGAAGUCGAGUCCACCUCCGCCUGCACCAUGGGAGGCAUUCCCGUUUUUAGAAAGAUAUUACGGAGGUGUUCGCAGCUUGGUGUCUCGCAGUGUGAAUGUGCCGGAGUACCCAUCUUCGGAUCAGACCUCUAGCAGUACAACGAGAGAACACACACGUCGAGGCAGCAUCACACCGGAGGCCUUCAAUCCAUAUCCCGAUUACAUGUCUGACGCAUAUAAAAACCAGUAUGGUAUAAAAGUGGAUUGUUAUCUAGACAGAGAGAACAAGAUUCAAAUCCCGCCAGUCAGAAUUUACAAUGGGGUGCCAAAUGGCUUCCCAGAUCCUGUCAUGGGCACGAACUCGUUGUUAGGGAUGCGGAAUGACAUCUGCUAUGACCGAUUUGGACGAUUGGGUCCUUAUGGACUAGGUUACAGUCUUAGUCGAGGAGGAACUGGGGCAGCCCUGGAGGGGGAUCGUGACGGGGCCGAUGGGGUGUGGGAAGAGGUCCCGCAGGUUGACUACAGAGCCGUACAAUGGGUAGAGGCACAGCAAACAUGCACCAUGGCAAACAAGGACAGAUUCGCAGAGAUCAAGUCCACUGGGUCCGAGAGAUUCCGAUCUAUGCAGGUGGGGGGGCUGGCUGGACGAGAAGAGGGAAGGGAAGAUUCAGGAGAGCAGGCGCCAGGUGAGAGUGUACCAUCAGAGGGUCCAAGUCCGCAACCGGACAAGACCACCAAGCUGCCUAGGACCGCCGUGGUGAUCCGCACGUGGUGGGAUUAUCCUUUCACCACCGAAGACAUGCUCUAUCUCCGGUCUAUCAUCGCUGAGCUCUCACUCAAUUCAGGCGGCGAGUAUACUAUCCACUUCCUAAUCCAGGUGAAAGACGACAAUGCACCCAUCUGGUCCGACAACGAGACCUACGAACGCGUUCUACGUGACGCCCUUCCAGAAGAAUUUUGGGGCAUGGGCACUCUCUGGUCAGAACGACAGAUGGGUCUCCUGUACGGUGGACUCGCAGAAUCAUUCACGCGAGGCCUUCCUGUGCAUGGUGUCUAUCGCAGCGCACACAUGCCAUUACAGUACUUUGCGUAUACCCAUCCCGAAUACGACUUCAUCUGGAAUUGGGAGAUGGACGUCCGUUAUACAGGACACUGGUACCAUCUUUUCGACAGCGUCAGUAACUGGGCCAAAGCGCAACCACGAAAAGGCCUCUGGGAACGCAACAGCCGCUUCUACAUUCCCUCCGAACAUGGAUCCUGGGAAGACUUCCGCCAAAUGGUGCGUGUCCAAACCCAGCUCGGCACCAACUCUCCCAACAACAUCUGGAGCGGCCUCCACAUUCACACCGGUGCCGGCAGCACCACCUCCAGCACCGGCACUGGCACUGAUAAACGCGAAGGCGACAUACCCAUCUGGGGUCCCGAACCGCCUCUCGACGACGACAACACCACCUUCCCCACCGACCCUGUCCCCCCAACCACCUACGACGCCGACAAAUCCACCUGGGGCGUCGGCGAAGAAGCCGACCUAAUAACCUUCAACCCACUCUUUGACCCCUCCGGCACAACCUGGAUCCUCGCCGACGACAUAACCGGCUACAACACCGCCCCGCCGAGCUGCAAUCAUCACCGCCUCCCGCCUCUCCCGCCGCCUGCUGAUGACCAUGCACCCUGCGCUCUGCACCACGGCCUCAAAGCCGUCUACGCCCCGCACGCGGAAUACAUCGACCGUCGCUGGCCGACCAGAUACCUCGAAGCAACGUUCAAUGCGGGCAGGAAUGGAGCGAGCGGCGGGGCCAGGACGGCGGUGUUUGGAGACCCCGAGCACAAUUUCAGGGGCACGACGUGGUAUUACAAUGCGGGCUUUCCGGAGGUGCUGUGGCAUCGCUGGCUGGGAUAUCGGUUUCAUAAUGCCGGGGGCGAGGAGUUUGAGGUUAGUGGCGUGGGCGAGAGGGGGGGCGGAGAGGGCAGGAUGUGUCUGCCUGCUAUGCUGCUGCAUCCAGUUAAGAGAGUCGAGUUGGUGGUUGAGGGGCUGAGGGAUUGA